GAGUAAACAUUACCGUGCGCACUACUAUUUCACACAGAGCGCUGUUGCUGCCUCUGCAACUACCAGAACUUCAAAGAGCCGUGGACGCCAUCCAUUACUUGGUAAGAGAGGAAGUAACUCAUCAAAAGUGCAAUUCUUUACUGGAGACUUUAACCGCAGGACUCCCCGUGGGUUCGCCGCUGCGUCUGAUGGGCUUCCCCUGUCUGCGACUCACACCAGGAAGUGAGUGAGCAGGUGAGACGCACCUGUUCAGAACGCAGACUGAAACUCUGAUGGCAUAAUAUCUUAUGGCUGGCAAACAGGUUGGAUAGCUGAUAUAUAUGCCAAAACGCACAUCACGCAAUUAUUCCAAACAGCAAUUCGCCGAUAAAAAGAAGACAUGGACUUAGACCUGAACUGGGCUCCAGAGCCGGAUUACGUGUUGCGCUUUUGAAAUCUUACCUCCGCGACCUAUACAGGUGGGACGCGAAACUGUUCACACGAGUUUCGGACACUGUUAUGGGGAAUCAAGUGGAGAAAUUUAUCCAUUUAAAUUACAAUGAAUUACCCACGACUGACCCUAAUGGGUGCGACCUAGAGGACGACACUUCCCGGAUCGGUGUGUCUUAUAUUUUCUCUGCUGAUGACAACGAGCAGGAGGACAACAUCGAUGAGACAGAAAUGGAAGGUGUUAAACAUUACGACUUCCGCAGUGGAUUAGAAUGCGCGGUAUAUUAUCGCGACGAGUGCAUAUACGACAGGAAUAGCAGGUUCGGUGAAGUGGGAACCCUGUCGUGGGAGAACUUGGCGAAUAAAUGCAAACCCGGUGACCUGAUGGAGUUUGUGGCUAUCGGUCAGUACCCGCACUGGGCCGUUUGUGUUGAUGACCAACAGGUGGUUCAUAUGCAUAGAAACGAGAUUAAAUGCGACGUUCUUUUCGAUGCCAGUCAAGGUAAAAGGGGCAGAAUUGUGAACGACCUGUAUAAGUUUCGCGCGCUGAGCCCGGAUGUUGUGGUGCAGAAUGCCAUGGAACAAGUGGGGAUGAAAGAGCGAGACAUUUGCUGGAAGAACUCUGAAUGCUUCGCUGCCUGGUGCAGGUUUGGCAAACGCGAAUUUAAAAUUGGAGGCGAGAUACGUAUCGGGAAGCAGCCGUACAAGAUGAAACUGCAGCUGUCGGAGAAGAAAAGUCACGUUUUGGACUUUCAAAGUUUAGAGGAUUUGAUCAUGGAAAAGAGGAGAAACGAUCAAAUGGGAAGGGAAGCCGUUAUUCAGGAACUGGAGAAUCAUUUAAAUUGCACAGAAGACACAGAAUGAUUACAAUUGUAACUGAUGGAUCAAAGAGGGAGGUUCUCUAGUGGGCAGACAGCCUCAUCAUGGCUUUGUUUGUAAUCACCUCAAGCACAGGGGCAGUGUUGCAAUUUUAAUCAGUUUCUCAAGAGACUUUUCCUUCAGCAGCACUUUUAUAAAUUGGACAACUUCAUCUUUUUGCAAUGAUAAUCCUGGUGUUUUUGUAGUAAGGAAUUGAUCUUUCCCUCACUUUGCUGUAUUCACAUCCAAGGGAACGUUUUAUGAAAGCCUUUCCAUAUCACCUUCUAAUGAUCAUAGUAUUUUCUUUUGAGGACUGGCAAAGUAUGUAUUCCCUUGACACAUUAUUUCAAUAGAGUAUUUUUACUUAAGUACCGUUUUGUUCUUCAGCAUUGGAUUGUGAUAUAAUCAAUAUGACAUUUUGUUGUUUAGCUUCAGUUGUCUCAUCAAGUACUGUAUAAACCUGCAGCCUAUAUUUUUUUGCUACUGAACUUACUAUAUUCAAAUGUUAUUCAUGCAUGCAAAGAAGAUAUUUUCAUUCAGCGUUCAAUUCAGAUAAACUCUUCUGUUCGGUUUGAUUG